UAGUCCCACAUUCUUCCAAGAUUUUGCUGCCAUAUGUCGAAUCUUCCUCGACCCAAACUCGAGGGUUCUCGACCAGACCAACACUGCAAACUGCAGAUUCAGAUUCCUUUACCACUAUUAACGAAUUCUCCGUCAGCAAUUCAAUCGAUUAGCAUGACCUAAAAAUUUGUAGCUCAGGUUUUUCCCAUGGAUCGUUGGACAGGAAUUUUGAAGGUGCCCUUGUACGCUAAUAGCAGUAGAUAUUAUCGAGUUGCAGCUUCUCUUUGCCUUUCCGCUUCUACUAAAUCACUCUCUGUACCCGCUGCAAAUGCCAUUUUUUUCAAUGGAGAUAAGGUUGAAGGGACAGGAAAUCAAGUGAUUGAGAGGCUAUCUGACCUGCAGAAGGUAGCUGAAAUCUUGGUUUCAAAAUUUGGGAAUUCUAUCAAUGCUUGGGUUGUUGAGGCACCAGUUUUUAAUGGGCCUUUUGCGGUUUAUAAGGACUUCAUCCCUUCUGUCAAUGAAUAUGGAGAGCCCAAAUCUUAUGAUGCAGAUGGGUUCCCUGCUUCUUCCUCCAUUGUCUUGCUUUUGUGGAAUUGCCUGAAAGAGGCAAAAAAUGUCAUUUCAGGGAAGCAAAAAGAGCCCUAUCAAGCUGAAGUUUCUACAUCAACUUCAAGUACACCAAGAACAAUACUACUUGGAUUUAGUAAGGGUGGUACUGUACUCAACCAGCUGGUUACUGAGCUUGGUUUUGCACCAGUCCAGUUCACUGAAGAUGUAUCGCUAGCAAAUAAGAAUGUGACAAAUGGGGGAUUUGCCUCCCUGCAACAAGAUCAGAUCAUUCCAAAUUCUAAGGAUAGCUUCUUAAAUAGCAUAGCUGAAUUCCAUUACGUAGAUGUUGGUCUAAACACACAGGGAGCAUAUAUAACCAACGAAGAUGUCAUUGAUAAAAUUUCUGAGCGCCUCGUGCAAGGAGCCCCUGGAAUUCGGUUUUUCCUUCAUGGAACUCCUAGACAGUGGUGUGAUGGCCGCAGGAUUUGGAUCCGGAAGGAGAAGGAUGAGUUUUUUAGGCUGCUCAGAGGAGCAACUCGGAAGAAUAUGGGGAAAUUGUAUAUACGUGAAAGAUUAUAUUUUGGUAAUAGGCUCCCUGAACUCCAGAUACACUUUGAAAUCAUGGAGCAUUUGGAUGUGAGUUGAGUGUUUGUUCCUGAUGAAAUGCUUGUACUAAAAUGUUGUCAACGUCCUGCAACUAAUCUAAGGCAUCAAUAUGAUUAUGGCUUUUUUGCUCCGUGAUUGUCAUAUAUAUAUAUAUUCGUAUAUGAAUGUUGCAGUUCAUGAA